UAACGAGCACUUCGCGGGAGCGUGUAAGAGCUGCUGUCAGUAUUCAAGCUCACAUCUUGGAGCCGCAAACACACACAUACAGAGACAGACAGACAGACAGACAGACGCGCGGCGGAGGAGGACUAUUAGACCCGCAGCACCGAGAGUGUCAUGAACGGAUUUAUUCAGUAACUCACAGGAAUAAGGACAAACAAAUAAACACUGACAUCACUCGAGCCCUGGGAUAACUCCUGACUGGUUUCCAAGCAACCACAGAGCCAUUUUUGUCAUGGCCCGGCCACAGCAGGACAGUAGGGCGGACAGUCAGAGCCCUGCGCAGCCGCAGACCUGCAGGAUGGAAGUUCUACGUCGGGAUGCCUGGCCAAGCGGCGGCACGCAGCUGAUUCCACAGACCAGACAGCGACGCAGGACUGUGGCUACUCAGACCAGCACUGUACCGGCACCUGUUGUCUCCACACAGGACUCUGUGAGCGUGGGCAGUCCCCCUGAACAGGGAGGUCCUCUAAGAGAUAGCUCAGGAACCGAGCAGGAGAGGUCAUGUCCCAGCCGGAGACAGCAGCCCCUGCCUGAUCUCCUUCCCGAGGGCAGAAGCUCUUCGGCACAACCGAGCCGCCGAGGCUCUGCAGCUGACGAGGAGUCCAUGGAAGUGGUGGGCAGAGUGGCCAUCCAGCUGAGAACCAUAGGAGACGAGAUAAACGCGGUUUACCUUCAGAGAAGGAACGAGGGCGCGCAAUGGCAGAAUUGGAGAGGCCUCUACCGCGGCCUGGUCGCCUUUCUGGCAGACACCAUAAGCACCCUCUACCAGCUCAGAUAAACGGACGGGUAUUUGGCACUGCGGGGGGCGCCGGCGCUUCCUAACACAGCCUCUAAUCUUCUGCACUGGCUCGGGGACAUUUCUGCUGGCCCAGAAUGCACUGUGGAGUUUUUUUUUGUUGUUGUUGUUGUUGAUCUUGUAUGUGUUGUUUCUCAGUUGUAUAUGUUGUAUAUUGUAUUUCCUGUCUUUUUUUUUUGGGAGAAGGUUCAUGUAGCAAGUGACUGAAGUGUGCGUGUUGGUAUGGGGGCAUGUUAGGGGGGAGAAAUGUUUGUGCCUCUCUAGAUCUGUGAAGCUGUGAAGCACAAUCGGUUGGAAGCUUGUUUAUUACUUUUUUUGUAUUUGAUUUAUUUUUUAUUUUUUAUGAUUGACCAACCUGAAGGCCUGGGUACUCAGAGAAUCUGUGAUGGGUCUACAAAUGUAUCAAAAAGUGUGUUUAGACAGCGGCCAAUUUGUGAUUAUGAUCUAAAUUGCAUUCACGUUCUUUUACUCUCAAUUCUGCUUUACUCUAACAAGAAACAGAGCAAUAGUGACACAGGCUUGAUUCCUGAAGCAAAGCAGAAUUCAAAGUGACAUUUUCUCAAUUCUACGGAAACUACAGAAGCAGAUUAACAGUAAAAUGCGAAUUGCAAAAAAAUGGAUUGGAAGAAUUCUGUGCCAUGUCAUACUAAUUGACCUUUAAAGCCUCCUGUCUUAAACUAUCACUUUUUGUCCCCCUCAUUUGACAAUAUUUGGCAAGUACAGUAAAAAUGCAUAAAAAAAAAAAAAUGUAUACAGCAAUGUAAGCGCCAUGACCGCCGGCGUACACCCGAGUACAACAAGCAUUCAAACCCAGAUGCCAAAAAUCAGUCUAUCCAGGUCUUCAGAAAGCACUAAUUGAAAGGAUGGGUUGUACCUCAGGCACUGAAAUGCUGUAUCUGCUCUUAGCUGCCUUACAGAGCAAUACUGCAUGACAGCACAGGAAAAAGGGCACUACUAAACCAGACUAUCAAUCGACAGGUCAGGUCGACAGGACAGGGACAGAGACAGGACUGGCCUUUCAAUACCACACGCUUCCUUUACAGCGAACCCAGUGUGGUGAAUGUGCCUUACAUCACCCUUUAAAAAAAAACAAAAAACCUUUGUGCUUGUUUGAGCAGGGGCAGUGCUUGUUUGAACGGUGUGUAUGGGGUUGGGGUGGGGUGGGGUGCGAUUGGGGAUGGGUGGUUGGGUCAAAGCGUCAGUGCCUUGGUGCUCCCACCAGUAUGUACACUUUGGAACACGACAUUCAUCACUCAUUUCAAAGAUUGAUCACCUCCAAUGGAGGCAUUAGAAUCGAGGCCGGAAGCCGCGUGGACCCCCCAGACCACAGGCUGUCCAUAUGGCUGGGUAGCAGUGUUAAUAUUUGUAAUGAACGUAUAUGUAAAUAUUUUGGGAGAAAAUGGCAACAGGCAAGAGAUGGAAGGAACUGGCCGUUCUCAUCCCGGGGUAUCAUGUAUAUUUUGGUGAAACUUUAAAGUACUUAUAGGUUCCUUGUUUUCACUCGAAAGCUCUGUAUGUCAGAUUUCUGUUCUUUUGAACUUCUUACGGACCAACGCAGGGAAGUUAGCAAACUUAAAUGUUCCCUAAAAAAGUAGUUCGAUUUGGAUAUAUGACUUUCUGAAGAUUUAAAAACUGGUUUAGUUUGUGAACGCUGCCCGUACAAAUACAAAUCAAAAGGUUAAGGUUAUUUAUUUUUCUGUACAUUUCUACGCUUGGUCCUUAGUGAGGAUUAGGGACGUCAUUCAUGUAUUUUGUUUAGCAAUGAAAGGCUAAUGUUAUGAGCUAAAGUUAUUUGCAUUCAUUAUUAGGAAUAAUUUUUUGUUUUUGUUUUUUGUCAUGUCCUAUAAGCAAGGCUUGUAAUAAAGAUCAAAAGGUUGAAUGAGCAUGGUGAUAAAGUUAAGUUGUCCAGGAAUCAUUAUGUAUGCAUUUGUCUUCUCAUUUUUUAAAUAAUUAUAAUUUUUUUUUAUAACUUACCAACCCUUUUGACAAAACUACAAAGUAGUGAAAAGCAAAACUUUAUAAAUGUAUUCCUGCUGUAAUUUAAAUACUGGGCAUAAUUUUGCUGCAAUAAGAUUAUGAAAGAAACUGAGCCAGAACUUUUCUUACAUAAAGCAAAUUUUAAGUGUUCACUUUAGGCGGUAAACACUCGAACGCUUGCAUGUUGCCAUUGCUCUCACAUGGAGUUCAUAGGCGUGUAUCUAACAAACUACAUAUAACAUGUCUGUGGGUUAACCAUGUGAAAACCUUGUUAGCACUCUCCUUUUUUGGUCCUCUUUUUUCACGUGGGUACUGUACUGUACUGUAUUUCUGAGCAUACUGAUUACCAGCGGUCUGUCUUGUGACUGCCUGUCUUAUGAUUUCCUGUGUAACGCAGUGGUGUAUUCCACAUCCUGUGGACAGGUUGUGGCUUCUUGUGGAGAGGGGUAUUCUCUGAUGCACUCUCUCCCUAAGGGAAAGGCCUUAAGUGUGAACUGUGAACAUCACACUAUGCUCAAGCUCAUGUCAAUCUCAUUUUCUAGCCUUGUACAUUUGCUGUUUGGACUUUUUCUAUCAAUUUUCUAUAUGAAUUUUGGUAUGUUUCCCCCUUCCCCCUGCCCCUUUUGCCUUUUUAAAAUAAAGAGAAAUAUGAUGAUA